AAGAUUUGUUAACGAUUACAGUAUAUGUAGAGCUCGCGGUUUAAACAUAUAUUAUAAAAAUAAUUUAAAGUGAAGGAUUAAAGUCUUGUAAUAAAAAAAAAAGUGAACAGCAGCAGAGUAAACUUUUUUGGUAUAUAAUUCACUUCCCACAUGUCAUGAGUCCGGGCAAAAAAUUAAUUGCGCUAUUUUGCGUUUUCUUUUUAUAUGAUUUUGGUGGUCAAGCUGUUAAGCGUGAUGCUCCUAUUAAUAAUAAUUAUUUGCCACCUUCCAAUUCGUAUUCAGCUCCACCAUCUGGACCUGCUGUAAAUGGGAAUUAUGGUGGUUCUUCGGCCGGUCCGUCUGACUCUUAUGGACCGCCGCCUAAAAGUUCUCCCUCAUCUAGCUAUGGAGCACCAAGUCCUCCUAGUACCAAUUAUCGGCCCCCUAAGAAGGGACCACCACGCCGUUCCAACAAACGUCCCUCUUCCAGCUACGGCGCACCUGCUAAGGCACCUUCGCCAAAGUACGGGCCGCCAUCCACAAGUUACGGAGUACCUGUGGGCACGCCAUCUUCUAGCUACGGAGCGCCAGCCCAAACGCCAUCUUCAAGUUAUGGUGCACCCGCACCAUCUAGCAAUUAUGGACCUCCCCCCCAAGCACCUUCUUCUAGUUACGGCGCACCUUCUAGCAAUUUUCAACCGCCCCCGCAUGCACCCGCUUCCAGUUACGGUGCUCCAGCACCAGCGAGUAGCUACGGUCCUCCGCCGCAAAAGCCUUCAUCAAGCUAUGGACCUCCACCUCGGGCACCCUCGUCAAGCUAUGGCGCUCCGCCUGCACCAUCCAGUAGUUAUGGUGCUCCUGCGGCGCCAAGUUCUUCGUAUGGUGCUCCGGCAGCAGGCAACGGGGGCGGUAAUGGUUAUGCGGCUCCGGCACCGUCUAAUGGUUAUGGUGCCCCUGCGGCACCAAGUUCUUCGUAUGGCGCACCGCCCGCAAGCAACGGGGGCGGUAAUGGCUAUGCAGCUCCAGCACCUUCUAAUGCUCCAGCACCUUCUAAUGGAUAUGGUGCACCUGCGGCGCCAAGUUCCUCCUACGGUGCCCCGGCCGCAGGCAACGGAGGCGGCAAUGGCUAUUCAGUACCUGAAACUAUACCUCAAAGCUAUUCCUCCAAUGGUGGUUAUACGUAUUAA